UGACCUAAGAAGUAUUGAGGAGAGGUGAUCAGGCAGGACAUGGUUCGUCUGCGGAUUUCCGAGGACAUGACCCUUGAUAGGAAGGAAUGGAGGACUAGCAUUAGAGUUGUAGGAUAGGGGUAGUGGAGCUUUCCUUACUGCAUGCCGGGGGUGAGGCGGGGUUGGAUUAGGGUUGAUCUUAGAUGAUUUACAGUUUAUGUUGAACCCACACUAUUCUUGUUGUUUAUCUUAGAUUCCUUAGACUCUGGUUACUGUUAUUGCAUGUCAUUCAUCUUUUGAUUUUUAUGCUUCUGUUACUAUAAUGGUUUUUACUGGAGUUACUAAUGAAUUCUCUUUUCUUUUCUUGUUUUCCUUGUUUUUCUUUAUUUUCGUCGUUCUGAGCCGAGGGUCUAUCGGAAACAACAUCUCUGUCCUACCGGGGCAGGGGUAAGGUCUGCGUACACAUUACACUCCACAGAUUCCACUAUGUGGGAUUUUACUGUGUAGCUGUUGUUGUAAAGUUCACCACAAAGAGCAAAAGCCAAAAUCCUUUGGAAUUGCAGUAAAUGAACAAUACAACGAGCCAACCUCCCCUCAGAAAAAAGUAAAUUACAAAACGCUUUACGUGUGUCAGAACCGUGGGGGUCGGCAACUAUGGACCCUCCGACAAGGUCGGAUCGGACCGUGCAUGACCACGUGGUUUGUUGAGAAUUUCUAUGCCGCGUGUUAAACGUUCUUCUAGUAUUGGACCCAUUAGUUCCAAGCAAAUUCGAUUAAACUCGCUCUGUUCAGAAAAAAAGGUAUAGAGUAGGCAUUUUAACCAAUCAUUGAACACGUAAAUAUUAUUUUGACAUAUAAAAAUUAAUGUUCAUAUUCACAUUGAAUAUUCAAUAUGUUGAUAUUACUGGUCUCAGCUGUAUCAUAGUUUCAUGGGGCUAGUUUUCUCAUCUUUUCUAAAGUUUUGAAAAUUAGGAAAGGCAGGUAGCCCACAAAUUGAGAAAAUUUGAGGUAACUUUUUAUAACUUUGUCAAAGGAAAAUGGCAUUUAGAAAGAGUUAACCAUAUUGAGUAUUUACUCCAAAUAAAUAAAUGUAAGAUAUAUGUUUUAUUAUUUAAUCAUGAUUAAGCGAUAGCAUGUGAUUUUACUUUAAUUUUUAACUAUUAGGGUCAAAUUGGAAUAAAUAUUUAUUUACUAGCCGCGCAGGAGGAGAGUGAAUUAAUUUUUAGCAUCAUAAUAUGAGAAACUCAACGUGGCGACUGGUGUGUGAAUAAGUAGUCGUGUACUCGUUAACAGACUUGUACGAUUUACAGGGUCUGUUUUGGUUGGUGGUGUCCAAUUUAAUUCACUCUCCAAGAAUCCCAACUAGUUCUUCAUUGCAUUUGACGCCCACAAACUCGGUCUUGAUCUUGAUAUUCUCAUUGGCUAGCUACGAAGAUGGAAUUAGAUCUUGGGCAAGUCACACUGAUAGGAUCCACUGAUUGGCUAGCUAAAAAGAUGGAAUUAGAUCGUGGGAAAGUCACACUGAUAGGAUGCACUAUAUGUCUCAUGCUGACUAUGCAUUUCAGUAUACAGCUAGUGACAGAGCAUUUUAUGUCAUGGAAGAAGCCUAAAGAGCAAAAGGCCAUAAUCAUCAUCGUCCUCAUGGCACCCUUGUAUGCUAUUGACUCCUUCAUUGGGCUGAUUGAUUUCAUGGGAAGCAAACCCUUUUUCACUUUCUUGGAUUCUGUCAAAGAAUGUUAUGAAGCAAUUGUGAUGGCUAAGUUCCUGGCAUUGAUGUACACUUACUUGAACAUAUCCAUAAGCAAAAACAUAGUCCCUGAUGAAAUUAAGGGAAGACAGAUUCACCACUCAUUCCCAAUGACACUCUUCCAGCCUCACACUGCUCAUUUGAACCAUCAUACGUUGAAGCUUCUCAAGAACUGGACAUGGCAGUUUGUUGUGAUUCGUCCUGUAUGCUCCAUCUUAAUGAUUGUUCUACAACUUCUCGGAGUGUACCCUAGUUGGGUUAGCUGGACCUUUACCAUGAUCUUAAACAUAUCCGUUUCACUGGCUUUGUAUUCUCUUGUGAUUUUCUACCAUGUCUUUGCAAAAGAGUUGGCACCUCACAAGCCACUAGCCAAGUUCCUGUGUGUCAAAGGAAUUGUCUUUUUCGUUUUCUGGCAGGGUAUUCUGCUUGACAUUCUUGUAGCACUAGGCAUAAUCCGAUCUCAACAUUUCUGGCUUGAUGUGGAGCAUAUUCAGGAAGGUAUUCAGAAUGUACUAGUGAUUGUGGAGAUGGUUUUCUUUGCUAUUUUUAUGCGUCAUGCAUACAGUGCUGCACCAUAUCGCCAAGAAGCUGUUACAAGUUCAGGAGAUAAAAAGAAAGAGUGAUAAUGCAACAUGUAUCGUUGUGAAAAUCAUCUUCAGAUAUCUGUCUCUUCUUCCUAUUCCUUGUAUGUCAUCUUGAACUUGCUUGUUGAUGUACACUAGAUUCUUCUAUUAAAUAAAAUGUAUCCUCAAUGGAGUCAUAAGCAUGCAGAAAUUGAUGGAGUAUGUAGAACUAGUGUUUUAUCAUCAGGCAGUAUAGUUGUACCUUACACCUAUUUCAAGAUAUGUAGAAAUGGAAAAAGAUCUUAUUAGAGCUAGA